GCGCGCUUGUUUUGAGAUGUUUUGUCAAAAUGGUUUGGUGCCCUAUUUGUGAUGAUCCUGGUGAAGAUUCGUUUCACGAUGUUUACAGUUUAAGGCGACAUGUAAGAAAGUUUCAUCCAGAUAAACUGGAUGAAAUUGUUCCUAAAAAAAACAGGUCCAGUGAAGCUGCCCUGCUCUGCCAUGAAUGUGGUGAAUCUUUCUCGUCGAUUUCCAACUUGAAUCGACAUGUUAAAAAUAUUCACUAUGGCAAAACACAACAUGACCUAAUGCAACCUAAGCAGACAUACAGUAAUAAUAAGAUUAUUCAUGAAACUGAGGAAGAAAAUUUCAAAUCUGAAAACUUCAGACUUUCCAAUGAAGAUUAUCAUGUGAUACGAGAGGAUGCUGUAGAACAGGAAGAUGGAUCAGUGUUAGUGGUACCUAGAGAAGCUCCUAAGCUGACAGAAGAUGCAGUACCAACUAUUUUCAUAGAGCAUCUGAGAUACAGGAAGAGGAAACGCUUGGUUGACUCAGAAGAAGGAGAAGAUAAGGUAGAGAUUGAUGACAGGAAGAUAAGUGAGAAGCAGAAGACUGUUUUAUUUUCAUUCUUGGAAAAGGAAGUACACUUGAGAGAUGGUACUUAUUCGGAAGACUUCACCCUCAAAGAUGCUAGAAAAAGGUGGAUGGAGAUUUCUGAUGCACUGAAUAACAUUCCUGGACCUAAAAGAGGAUGGAAUUCUUGGAGACAAACUUGGAAAGAUAUGAGGAGGCAUGCAACAAUUCAGUACUCAGUCAAAAAUGACUUUUCAUAUGUUACAAGCAAUAAUAAGAAAAUUUUGAAAUUGAUAGGAUAUGAUGUUGAUUGUGAAGAGCCUUCCUCAGAUAAAGAAGAAAUAAUUGUUUUUGAACACACUAAUGAUGACUUUCAAACACAAACUGUAGCAAAUGAGCAAAAUAAUGAUGUAAGUAUGACUCUCCCUGAUAAUGAGGAAUCUUCUUUAUGCAAAGGAGAAGAAAUAAUCAUGUUUGAACACACCAAUGAAGACAAUGAAUCCAUAACGGAGGAAGAAGUGGCUCCGAAAAAAAAUAAGUCAGCUAAAAGUAUAUUGAAAAUGAGUACCAACUCCAACAUGUCUAAUAUGUCGGAGGGAAAGUUUUUAGUGAAAGAACGUUAUUAUGCGGAGAAACUGGAAAUCAUGAAAAAAGACAGUGAAAUGAGGAGAGAACAUCUGGAUUUGAUCAAGAGGGAUGUGGAAGCUAAGGAAAGGAUAGCUAAGGUUCUAGAAGGAAUAAUUGCGAAUAAUACAGUGAUGUUUGAGUGUUGAGA